UCGCCAGCUGGGCGGGGCUGGGAGCGAUGGGGCGGAGAGCUGGCAGAGGUGAUGCGAGUUCCGGACUGCUGCUAAUACCUUGUGCUGUCAGCGCAGGACAGAGCGGAGAAGCCGCCGGGAUGCAGCCUCCUCCACGGAAAGUAAAAGUCACUCAGGAAGUAAAGGUUCGAUUUGGGGAACAGAUUUCAAGUCUCCAGAACAAGCAACAGCAAGAUGCCGAACUCUUGGAAGACAUCAGGUCAUUCUGCAAACAGCGAGCAGCCAUCGAAAAGGAGUACGGUCAGGCUCUACAGAGACUUGCAAGUCAAUAUCUUAAGAGAGACUGUCAUCGUGGGAAGAAUGAGACUCGGGAAUGCAGGAGUGUUUUCUCUGUGUGGAAGUCUAUGAUGGAGGGGACUGUUUUUAUUGGACAGACACGAGUCACUGCAGCUGACAAUUAUAAAAAUGUCACUGCUGAAGCGGCUAAAACUGUUCGAACGGCAAAAGAACAGCUCCUGAAGAAGAGUAUUGAGCAGCUUGUGAAAGUACAGAAUGAAUUACUGGAAACUGUGAAAGAAGUCAGCAAAACCAAGAAACGCUAUGUCCAAAUGGAGCGUGUCAGCGAGGUGGCUAAAGAGAAGGCAGCUGACACUGAGACCAGGUUAAAGAAGAGUGAUCACAGCAUCUUUCAUUCCAAGGCCAACCUGCAAAAGCUCCGUGCCAAGUUUUCUACACAGCUGGUGGUCUGUACACAGCAAUUAUCAGACGCACGGAAUGAAUACCUCCUGGCUCUGGCUGCCGCUAAUGCCCAUCUAGAUCUUUACUACUUGACACACUUACCUGAAACCAUGAAGUGUUUAGAUGGGGAUCUUUAUGAGAGACUUCGGGAUUACCUUUCACUUAUCAACACGACUGAGCUUAACAUCUGUAAGUCAACACAGGAAUGUUUUGCAGACAACCUGGAUGCUUCUCUUCAGGUUUCUCGUCAACAGAAUUUACAGCUUUUUCUGAAAGACACCAAUUUGUUCUCCAUGGUACCUAUUCAGCAAUUUCACCCUGCUGGGACAGACAAGGUAUCAAAGCUAGAAACCCUUAUUAAAGGUCCAGAGGCAGAGAAUGUAUUGGAUAAGGAGGCACGAAGAUGGACAAGUCGAGCAGCAAGAGAUUUUAAACUGAAAACCCAUGGCGAAAGGGUUCUGCAAAGACUGGAAGUUAGGAGAAAAAUUGCUGCUGAAGAUGAGCUGUCCAGCAUGGAUCUGAAAAUGGAGGAAGUAAAGGAGAGCGUGCGGAAAGCUGAGGUCAGUAAGGUAAAAGCAGAUGCCCGGGUGGAGUUGCUGCGCCAGGUCGGAGUGGAUGUCGACACAUGGCUAUCUGGUGCUAUGACGCAGGCUAAUGAAGAGCUCGAGCAAGAGCGGCGUCUGAGCGAAGCCCGGAUGUCUAAUGGAGAGAUAUCACCCAGUAUGGAAGACUUUGAUUUCUCAGAGUUUGAGGAUGAUGGUGAGAUAUUUGAAGAAUCCAAUUGUGCUCUGAGUGGCUCCCGCACGUACCCAUCACCUUGCCAAGUUGUAUACAGUUAUAAGGCUGCCCUGCCAGAUGAACUGUCUAUUACACAGGGAGAAGUGCUGGAGGUCAUUGAAGAUGGAGAUGUAGAAGAGUGGGUGAAGGGCCGAAAUAAAAGUGGACAGGUUGGCUAUGUACCAGAAAAGUACAUCAGCUUCAUUAAACAGAGUGCUGCACAUUCCGCGGACGCUGGUCAUGACAGGGGACUGUUUACAGAAAAAUCAUUCUCUGCAGUAGCCAGACUGGAGUGGGCUGAUGCAGGAGUAUCUCUUGCCCGAGCACUUUAUGACUAUGAAGGACAGAGCGAAGAAGAGCUCAGUUUUCUAGAAGGAUCCAUCAUUCAAAUUAUCCGUAAAGAGGAGGAAGGAAUAGAUGAUGGAUUUUGGAUGGGAGAAUUCAAUGGGCGUGUCGGAGUGUUUCCAUCACUUGUUGUGGAAGAGUUGUCCAGAGAUGAUUCAGAACCAAACCAGGAUCUUCCUUCUCCUGCUCCACCUUCCUGCCUUCCUCCAAUGGUUUCUCCACUUUCCAUCAGUAGAUCCUCAUUACAAGGGACAGCUGCUGGAGAACCAGACCCGAAACAGAACGGAUCAGGGAGUGCACAGAACUCUCCGGAUUUUUCAGCAACACGCUUGAGACCAAUGCGAGCAGCACCUCCACCUCCAACCAAGUCCACAGACAGCCUACCUGCAGACCACUGACUGUGAUUAUGCGGCUUGUGCCUUGCAUGUCAGGAAUAUCAACAAGCCGCCUACGAUCUAUGCAAAUAGGAUUGUGGCUGGAAUUCUAUGAAACCAAUGUCAGCCUUUCAGUUUACCUGUUCCUGGGACUUUGUGAAACUGGAAGACUUUACCAAAGGAGUGAACAUUUUCCUCUGAAUACAGUAUUUCCCAAGACUUGCCGAGAAGGUCAUAUGUAAUUGACUCCCUAUGUGAAACUUCCUUUUUUUAAUACCCCAUCUUUGCACUUUUAUUAGAUUUCAAAGGAAAUGUGCUUUAAAAUAAUUUAUGCAUAUUGUAUUUUAAAGGCUUUAGAAGAAAAUAAAAAAAUAUUUAUCAUAAA